CUUGGCACCCGAGAAUCGCCGCGCUCGCGCACUUGGCAUUCCCCGCACCCACGCCGGCUCGACCGUUGCCGAUCCCCCUGCGUGCACGCGCUCUCCAUCUGGCGAUCCCCGCGCCGCACCGCGAGCACGGGGGCGGACCGGGGCGUAUGGCUUGCGCCGCCGCGAUGCCGAUCGACUUGUCCCCCGCGCCCAAGGCGGUGGCGGCGGGGAAUUUGAAGGCGGUCGAGGAGGAGGAUGAGGAGGUGGAGGUGGAGGGAGGAGGGUGCGGCGGAGGGGCCGUGGUGGUGGCCGCGUCGGACGCGGAGGCGGAGGGCCACCCCUACGAUUUCCACGUGUCCGGGCCGCGCAACCUGCCGCCGCCUAACUGGAAGGAGAUAAUCAGAUCGAGCUGGAAGGAUCCAAAUUACAAAAGAAUGGUAAUGGCAUGCUUCAUUCAAGCAGUCUACCUGCUUGAACUGGACAGGCAAGAUCAGAAAGGAGAAGAUGAUGGACUUGCUCCAAAAUGGUGGAAGCCCUUCAAGUAUAAGGUCACGCAGGCAUUGGUGGAUGAGAGAGAUGGUUCUAUCUAUGGUGCUGUGCUUGAGUGGGAUCGUUCUUCUGCCUUGUCUGACUUCAUCCUCAUAAGACCAAGUGGAGCACCGAGGGCUGUUUUAGCUCUCAGAGGAACACUGCUGCAGAAGCCAACCAUGAAGAGAGACCUGCAGGAUGAUCUUCGUUUCUUGGUAUGGGAGAGCCUUAAAGGUUCAGUGAGAUAUGUUGGUGCUUUAGCAGCGCUGAAGUCAGCAGUUGAGAAAUUUGGCAGCGCCAAUGUUUGUGUUGCUGGGCACUCCUUGGGAGCUGGCUUUGCCCUUCAAAUCUGCAAAGAGCUUGCCAAGCAAGGAGUUUUCGUGGAGUGUCAUCUUUUUAAUCCACCCUCUGUUUCACUGGCCAUGGGUGUAAGGAGCAUGAGUGAGAAGGCCAGUUAUCUGUGGAAGAAAGUCAAAGCAAGCCUGCCAUUGAAGGAAGAAGCAACAACACCCCUUGAGAGUACCGAGGAGGAGGCAAGCGACAAGAAGAGAUUGCGCGCCGAGAAGAAAUGGGUGCCACAUUUAUAUGUCAACAACAGUGAUUACAUCUGCUGCCAUUACAAUGCUCCUUGUCCCUCAGCAGCAGACGGUGCUUCCGAUGAACAGCAGCAGCAGCAACGCAAGGCAAGUGAGAUUGCCGGUGAUGUUGUUGCAAAGCUCUUUGUGACAUCAAAAGGCCCGCAGAAGUUCCUUGAGGCACAUGGGCUGGAGCAAUGGUGGUCGGAUGGCAUGGAGCUGCAGCUGGCUCUAUAUGACAGCAAGCUCAUAAACAGGCAGCUGAAAUCCAUCUACACAGCAGCUGCAGUGUCAUCUCCUGCCAAGUCGUAGUGACAGCUUAAAUCGCUUUUACAAUGGUCGUUAGAAAUUCUCUUUCUAAUCAGUGUGUGUGCGCCUUUUAUCAACUGAGAAUGUUUCAUUACUCCGGUGGUGCCGUGGUGGUCGGAAAAAGUUAAAUAAUUUGGUUAAAGGGUUAUGUAAGAACAGUAUCGACAAUUAACACAUUAUUAUUUUUCAA